AUGGGUGGAGGACGGUGGAGAAAGAAGAAGGAGGCUAAGCAGGAUGAGCUGGUGGUUGUUGAUAGUGAGUACCGUGUGCGGAGACGUUCAUAUGGACUCUGGGAAAAGAAGAUAAAGUCUCUUCGUAAGUCUAAGGAGGAGAGUAUCCGAAAAAGAGAAGUUGCUCUUCAUAAGGAGACGGCUGAGCUUUGGCGGAAAGUGUGGGAAACAGAUGGGUUCGAUAUGGGUGAACUGAGGGAUCAUCGUUAUUGGGGCAUGCAUGCUUUCGAAGGAGGGGAAGAUUGUCCCAUUGAAGUGCAGCUUUACGCAAAGCUCGGCCUUCACCGGUACAAUAUGUUAGAGGGGACCAAUCUGCAGCUUCACGAAAUAGAGAAAUACAAUAGAGAGGGUAACUUCAUGCCUGCCCGCUAUUAUAUAACUUCGCUUGCAGAGGAUCCAGCUACACAGUCGCUUGUUACUUUCCAGACUGAGCUUUACGAAAGAAGCUGCAACACUCUGAAACACACUUGUGUUAUCGCCAGACUUAAAGGGACUAAGUCUACGGAAAAUGUGGAUCAUUUCCACGAUGAUAGGGACUUGCCUAAGUGGCCUUCAUUUGAUGAUGAUAAAUGUAGUCGAUUUUUAUAUGAGGUGCUGGAAUCUGAGUGGGAAGAAAACGACUGGAUUGGUCUAUACUUGGAAGUUGCUGUCGUUACCACGGAUAGGCAAAAUGACAAUCCCAACCUGUCCGGUUUGAAGAUUUUGAACGUGGUGGUAGAAACUGAAGAAAAUCUGCCCAAAGAGACUCUACUCAAGUGUUUUAGAAGUGUCGUAGUCUACAUAACUUAUGAUGAGGACGUGGGAGGUGAUAAUGGGCUGAAUAUCAUGAAACCUGACAAAAAGGAGCUGUCUGGCCAGAGAUAUCGUCUUCCAAACCAAGUUCUUGGGACCGGAAGCAAACCUAGUACUCGGAUAGAUGGUGUUGCACCUGCAAGAGUUCUUGAUACACUUCCCAUUUAUGUCCUCUGCAGAACUAGAGGCCUUCCUUGUCAAGUAAGUUUUGCUACUAACUCGAUGGUUCUGUUACUAGCACAAUGA